AUGCGUCCUGCUCAGUCCUUGGUGCAACUGGCCCUGUGCCUUUCAACCUGUGGCUCUGUUGCCUCGGCAUUAGAAUGGCCACGAUGGCUACCCGAGCUAGAUGCCCUCAUCGUACGAGCCGAUAGUAGUAGCGACUCUGGCCAAACUUCUGUACUUACUGGAAAAGAACCUUCUCAAACAUCCCUACCAGAAGUAUCAGCAUCCGCAACAGACGCUGCGAGUUCCCAAGCCGGCGGCAAAACAACUGGCGACUUGAAUACCGCAAAGCCGACAAAGACUGGAAAGUCCGGCACUGUUGCCACUGCAACCAAGAAGGCAACCGCGACGCACACUCAGUUUUCCGCGGAUGCCCCCCCAGCCGGUAUCAGCAUGCAGACACCUAAUACUAAUCUGCAGCCUAGUGGGCUAUACAAGAUUAGUGACUACGUUACCUGGUCCUGGAACUACACCUCGCUGCUAGGAACCCCGACUGCCAUUGAUGUCAUUGUCAGUUGUUCCGCAGCAAGCGAGACCUGGACCCUGACUGGCAACAUGUCCUUCUCAACCGCAGUCAGCUACGUGUGGGACACCAAAAAGCAAGCCAACGACAUCCAAAGCCCACUGGGUGUUCAGCAAUACACCUUAAUUGUCAAGGAUUCAGACGCCAGCAUUACCCAGGCUCCCGAAGCCGGUUAUCUUGGUGCAUUUACUAGUUAUACAUUCGGCAUGUACACUGGCCAGCCAUACACGCCCUAUGCUGACUGGACUUGCCCGGGGACUUGCAGUGCUGCUUCUUCGGCCUUUGACCGUCAAGCUGUUGGUCUUGCUAUUAUCACAAGCAUUGUAACGUUCCUGAGCUUUACUUGGUUUGUCGCCGGUUUAGGAUUACAUUGA